AUGAAAACCUUUGAUGAAGCUGAACUUUGCUUUCCACAACUCCUCAACUCCUCCUGCAGGAAGGCCAUGCGUUCUCACUCCGUAUCCAUGCUCACUUAUGUUUUACUGUCCUCUAUCUCUGUGCUCACUGUGACUCUCAACCUGCUGGUCAUCAUCUCCAUCUCUCACUUCAAGAAGAUCCACACCCCGACCAACCUCCUCCUCCUCUCUCUUGCGGUCUCAGAUUUCUUUGUGGGCCUCCUCAUGUUCUUCCAAAUUAUGCUCAUAGAUGGUUGCUGGCUCCUCGGUGACCUCAUGUGUAUUCUGUAUUAUGCUCUGGACUAUAUUAUUACCUCUGCCUCUAUAGGAACCAUGGUGCUCAUAUCUGUUGACCGCUAUGUUGCUAUUUGUGAUCCUCUGCAUUACUCCACCAAAGUCACACAAAAAAGAGUUCAAGUCUGUGUUUGUCUGUGUUGGAUGUGUUCUGCUUUCUGUCACAGUCUGCUGCUGAUGGAUAACCUGGAACAACCAGGCAGGUAUAAUUCCUGCUCUGGAGAGUGUGUGGUUGUCAUUAACUACAUUGCAGGAAUUGCAGAUCUGUUUUUAUCCUUUAUCUGUCCUGUCACUGUCAUCAUAGUUCUGUACAUGAGAGUAUUUGUGGUGGCUGUGUCUCAGGCUCGUGCCAUGCGUUUUUAUAUUGCAGCUGUCACUCUCCAUCAAUCAGUGAAAGUAACUGUUAACAAAUCUGAGCUGAAAGCAGCCAGAACACUUGGUGUUGUCAUUGUUGUAUUUUUAAUAUGUGUCUGUCCAUAUUUUUGUGUUGCACUGUCGGGCCAAGACACCUUACUCAAUGCUUCAUCUGCUGCCUUUGUAAUCUGUUUGUUCUACUUUAACUCCUGUCUGAAUCCUGUGAUCUAUGCCUUUUUUUACCCCUGGUUUAGAAAUUCUAUUAAGCUCAUCGUUACACUUAAGAUACUGCAGCCUGGCUCCCGUGAGGUAAACAUGCUGUAGAGAGUCUGCAUGAUGCCUGUAU